UGUAUAUCUACCCUUACAGUUUUCGUGUCUUUAAUAAUAUUGAUCGCGUCUUCAAAAUGUAUAGAUUAUAAAGUAGCGGUGACACGUUGCUUCUCCAGACCCAUAACUGCUCUAUAUCGUCUAAUUUAGAUUCAAUGAAUAUUCCCGUUAAGCUAAAGCACAAUAAAGGGAUAAAUUACACAACUUUUCGAUAGAAGCCAAAACUCCUACGUCCUGUUCCUACUUACAGAGCCUUCAUGUAAAGAUUUUGAGUGUGAUUUCAAACGCUUGUUACAGUAUGGUUUAAUGUAUUUCACAAUUAAUAUAUUAGUGUCACCAUUAAUCUUUUCAUUUUAGGUUUAAAUCUUGUCUAUUACAUGUCCGGUAUCGCAAUCAUAGGAUCGUAUUUGCAAACAAUACUCAACGCAGCCGAAAGCACAAUAUCAUCAAAUCUUUCAAGUUUGAUUUUCGGAAUAGCUAGCAUUAUUUGUGUACUCAUUUCUGGUCAAGUGGUGGAUCGAUGGGGUAGGAAGCCUCUGCUAAUUAUUUCCUGCAUCUUCAGUGCGAUAUCCAUGUUUGUUCUCGGGGCGUACUUUUACAUUAACGAAACAAAAUCAUUUAAUAUGGCACCCGUAUCGUGGUUACCAUUGACUAUUCUAGUCGUCUUUCAAAUAUCGAUUACCAUUGGCAUUAGUCCGGUGCCGCAAGUCAUUAUUUCCGAACUGUAUCCGAUGAAUGUCAAAGGCAUUGCGAUAGGAACGGUUGGAGCCUUACUGACUCCUAUCGCUGUACUUGUUCAAAUGACCUACGAACCGCUGAACGAAUUUUGGGGAUUGUAUGGUAACUUUUGGUUGUUCGGCACAUGCAGUGUUUUAGGUAUUUUCUUUACCGUCUUCUUCAUACCCGAAACAAAAGGAAAAUCUUUCCAAGAAAUACAAAUGGAAAUCUAUAAGGAUUUGGCGGAAACUGCCGAUGUUAAGUAGCUAACUACGAAUUUUGUUUGAGUUUAUCUGGAUAUGCCUUAACCAAAAUAUAAUUUAUGUAAAUAGUAGAAUGUUAUAAAAUCAUUCGUCAAAUACAGGAUUGUAAUACUCUAUUAUCAUCCAAAUCUGGAUGAAUGGGUAUCAUAUUCUUCACUUCAUUUUAAUGAUAGUCAUCGCCCAUACCAAAACAGGGAAACCAUUUGAACCUUCCCUAAUUUAAAUACUUUUGUGGUGCACAGCACUUCAAACGAACCACUCGGGAGUCUUCUUUCUUAAUAACCUAACGUGAGUCAUUAUUCAAGGAUGGGAUGCAAUUCCUGCAAUUGUGACUUAACAACUACGUAUGGUAGUGAGAUUACAAAAUGUUCUUAGACUUAAGGGAUAUCCUACAGGAUACUAUACUAUUUUGGAACGUACUAAAGCUAUACACUUAUAUAAGAACAUUUUAUAUUCUUGGAUUGUUAAUGUGUAUGCUGUGACUUAAGCAAUAUUUGCUAUUGUUCCAAUUAUAUUUGGUUUUCUAAAUGA